GAGGUUUUCCACUUCAGCCUCAAUGUUUCCCUCAGCACCUUCUCUGCCUUACAUACCUACCCAGUACUUAGGCAUCAGGGCUCCAACCUGGAACUCUUGCAAAAAAAAAAAAAAAACCUUUAGAAAUAACAACUUGCAAACUUUUAAUUUGAUUGCAGGUGCUCUUGCUUGCCCAUCUACAUAGUAGUUUCUCUUAUCUCUUAUUUUUCCUUUCUGUUUUUCUUCCAACGUUGAAGCUCUAUUUUAAAUUCACUCUAUCUAGGCUGUCUUUUCCCUCCGUCACCACCCACACCCACCUAUUGCCGUUGGACUUUUACUAAACCCGCUAUUGGGCAACUUAAAUCAUCAUAUCGCAUAUUAUUACAUUGUACAGGUACCUUAAUAGGUAGCGGUAGUAAUACUAUUACUGCUGGUCCUCCACCAUAUAUCUGCAUUAUUUGAACAUAUUCACUUUCGAGCAUCAUGGCAUCUAGUAGGGCGCGUCGCGUUGCUAAAGAGCUUGCCGAUAUGGAAGCUGACUCGAAGACGUCCGGUAUCACCGCUCAGCCUGCCAAUAACUCUGGCGACCUCACACACCUCAAGGCCUGCCUACCCGGUCCUCCUGGUACUCCAUACGAAGGUGGUCGGUUCAUAGUCGAUGUUAAGAUUCCUGGCGAGUAUCCUUUCCGCCCUCCUGUCAUGAAGUUUGACACCAGAGUCUGGCAUCCCAACAUCAGUAGCCAAACUGGUGCUAUUUGCCUCGAUACUCUCGCUGCCGCCUGGUCGCCGGUCCUUACUAUCAAGUCUACAUUGUUAUCCCUUCAAGGCCUAUUCGAAAGUCCCGAGCCGAAAGAUCCCCAAGAUGCUGAAGUUGCUAAAAUGAUGAUCAAUGAUCGGGAGGCUUUCAAUAAGAAGGCCCACGAGUGGGCCGUACUCCAUGCUGGAGCCCCGCAGAAUCCAAAUUUCCAAUCCGUCCAACCCCGAACGGUUAUUGCGCCCCAGCAAAUUGACGACAGCAAAUAUCGGGGAUAUAAUAAAGAUCUCAUAAACAGAUUCGUCAACAUGGGCUUCGAUAUCGACCGAGUCGUGGAGGCGUUCGAAUUUGUUGGUAUUGACCGACUUGACGGCCAGGACUACGAAUUGGAAGAGGCUUAUAUGGGUGACAUUACGGCUCGAUUGCUGGGAGAGCCCUAGUCAAAAGUCCGGUUUACAGACUGCGCUCCAAUGCGCAGCGUAUCCUUCACUCUUCCACUUUCAGAUACCACCCCGUACUCUAGCCCGUACGACAUACAUAUACAACAUACGCCAUCACAUCCUUUACCAAUACGGAACAGAAAGUCUGCGCCUUGAAGAUGCAGCAGAGUGAGCUAGAAUCGUCUUCGCAGACUUGCAUACGGCGUCAGGCGCAGGGUGUUACUCGGUUGGGACAAAUUACUUUGUCACAGUCUCAUUUAUUUGUCAGGACAUAGGCAUAAACUAAAGUUUGUACCCGCAUGCUCUCUUAUGUAUUCCUGGUCAAUGAAUCGUUGUAAUCCGUUUGGCUUUAUAGAUCUGAAAACGUUUCGUAACCCCCGUUUCCGAUGCUCAGUGACCCUCAAGCAUUACCUGUCCUUCCGAACUGUCUACAGGGUAGGAAAUAAAAGUCUGUGUACAAUACCAUUGACCUAUCUUAAAGUCUUCAGUUAAGCACUGCACAUAGGAGAGACAUGUUUUAUCAUUGCUAAGUCUACCUAUGUCGCCUAAAUUGAGUAAGCCACAUCAAGACUUUGAAGAGUUACAAAAUUAUUACCAAGUACCUAAACAUGUGUUUAUUCUCUUAGUUGUCAUGAAUGUCGAUCUAAUACUGUCAACAUUAUUAUGAAUACAUACCUCCCUAGUAGGCAUUACCAGAAAUCCAACGCAACAACAAGUGCGUCAGGG